AUGGAUGACGGCAAAGUUAGCCACACAGCAGUCACUCCCAGACGCCCGUGCGCGGGCCUGGACGAGAGCUUCAGGAGCGUCUUUGUCCUGUGUCGCCCCGGCUGGACGGCUGGUGACCGCUUGCUCUCCCGGAGCAGGGAGCCAGGGGGCCCCGGCGUCCGGUCGGGAGAGCCCCGCAGGGCGCCGCGAGCACAGGCGACCUGGCAAACGUCCCGGGCCGAAGUGCGCCAAGGGGCGCGGAGGAGACGCUGGGACGCGAGAGCACCUUCCUAUCCCCCCAUCCGGGGACCCCAGCAGGGGCCGUGCCCCCAGCCUGUCUGCACCACACUGUCACUGGAACCAGGGGCCACCACCGCGGCCCGGGAGGGCUGCCGGCUGGCUCACACGGACGGACGACUCGAACCCGGCCGCCCAGCCGCCCAGGACACAGCGGGAGACCACCGGCCCGACCGGGGACGUCCCGCUGGGCUGGGCAAAGGUGGCCGGCCGUGUGGCGGCGGCGCGGAGGUGCAGGACUCGAGCACCGGCCCCCGGGGCGUCCGCAGGCAGCGGCCCACGUGGCGAGACGCGGGGAAAACCCCGGCAGAGCCCGCCGCGAGGGAAGAGCCCCCGGACACGGGCGCCGCGCCGGGCGGGCUGCUCCGCGGGCGAGGACGAGGGCGACAGUUAGAGGCCCCCCCGCCGGGCGCGGGAGGGCAGCCCGCGGAGAGAAGACUCGCCCGGGGGCCCGGGGGGCCCGGGCGGCGGGACGAGAACUGGAGGAGGACGCAGGGAAACGCGGGCCCGACCCCCGAAGCCAGGGCGAGGCGGGGACUCGGAGUCAAUCAGCCGAGCGGACCCCCGGCGGGGCCGGCCAAGGGAAUUCACCCCCAGGCCCGGCGGCCGCGGACACAGCCCGUCCCCCCACCCCCCGCCGUCCGGGGCUUCCUCCCUGGGGGGAUUUCCCAUUUCCUGCCCCGUGGCCUCCCCCCCACCUGCAGCCGAGCCCAGGUGGUGCCACUGAGAGUAUGCAGCCCUCACACCACUGGUCAGCCCGAGCCGAGCCCCGCCCCCCCGACCCCUGUCAGAUGCCAGAGCCUGGCAGUGACCCCCAACUGGCCUCGUGACUCCAGGGCCCCGGCUGCGGACAGGCCCUAA